GGCCGGCGCCGUGCGGGCAGCUGGAGCGGAGUCCGGCACCGCUAGUGCCGGCGGCAGGCGUGGGGGGUUCUGGCCUUCGGAAUUACAGGAAAAAGCGUUACUUGUGCUCAGCUGGGCAGCUUCCCGUUUUGUCCGUCCCUUCGCGGUCGCGGGGAGGCCGAAGCCCUGUUAAAACAAGGGUAGUUGAGGAUUUUCUGCCCAUAAUUACUGAGAAGGAAAUGUUCAGCAAUUUGAUGUGGAUGUUUGUCCUGCUCUGCAGCUCUGUAGCAGAUGAAAACUCUGUCAGAGAUGCUGACAUUUUUCCUUCAUCUCCUGAAAUUGAAAGAGGAUCCUCAUUGGAACUAUCCUGUGUUCUUAGAAAGAACUACACGCCACAGAGGAAUGCAAGCCACAUCAUUUGGAAAUUGAAUGAUGAAUUGAUUGCUCCAGAAAACUAUAACAUUGUGAAUGAGACUGUAUCUAAUAUAACCAUUCAUAAUUUCACUUACAGCAUGGCUUAUGUGGAAUGUUUAAUGAAGUACUUGGACAAGGAACUACUUCUGGUUGACACAGAAGUUAAAUCUGGCUUUCGUCCAGACAUGCCAGAAAAUAUUUCCUGCAUUUAUUUCUAUGAUGUUAACCUUACCUGUACCUGGAAUGCAGGAAGAGAAACAAGUUUUGCAACAAACUAUACUCUUUACCGAAAACUGAUGUCUUCUUCAGAUACAGUCGGAUCCUGCUCGACUACAACAGAGUCGUGUUCAUUUUCUUAUCCUGACAAUGUUUAUAGUAAUGAUUUUUGUUUUCAAGUGGAAGCUAAAAAUGUUUUGGGUGCAUCCUUAACAGAGUGUGUCCCUAUACCUUUGCAAAAAAUAGAGAAAUUUGCCCCUCCUGAAAUACUUUCAGUUAAAAAAAUCCCUGGUGUAAAGCAGUUACUUGUGGUAACCUGGAAAAUGCCUGAGAAGAUUAUCCCUUUAAAACAUAUUAUUUGCCAGGUUCAAUACAGAAACUUGUAUUCAAACUUUACUGAAUUUGUCAAUGUCUCACUGAAUUCUAAGAAGAGCAUAGGAUCAUGUAAUCUCACAGGUCUGUGGGACUCCACAGACUAUUCUGUUGCCAUUCGGUGUGUCAAUAAUGAGUCAGCAUUUUGGAGUGGAUGGAGUGGAGAGAAAAAUGAAAGCACAGAAGAAAAAGCUCCUUCAGGAAAAGUGGAUUUGUGGAGAGUAAUUGAGUCUUCACGCUCAUCUAGAAAUAGAUCUGUACAUCUUAUGUGGAAGCCGUUAAAAAGCUUUCCACCUUCUGGGAGAAUUCUAGGCUACAAAAUAGGGUAUUUCCCAGAAAACAAGGCUGCACAUAAAAGGGAGAACAACUCUACUGAACAGAAAAUGACCUUACUUUUAAAUGAAGAGGCACAUAUAAUAUCUGUCACUGCUUAUAACUCUGCUGGAGAGUCUCCUGAAGCUAUUUUGAGGAUUCCAUCCGCUGAUGAAAAAUCCUCUCAGAUGAUUGAAAAAGUGGUGACCUCUACAACAAAUGAAGAAGUGGUGGUGCAAUGGAUAACCUCUGAACCAGAAACAACCAAAUAUGUGGUUGAGUGGUAUGAGGAAUUGGAGAUGGACCCUUUUGGUAGAUCAUGGCAAUAUGUAUCAAAUUCUACAAAGUGGAAGAAUAACAAAAAAAACUUUAAACCAUUUAUAUGCUAUAACAUCUUGGUGUAUCCUCUUUAUGGAAGUAAUGUAGCAGCUCCAUCUUACACACAAAUCUAUGCUGAAGAAAAAAAGCCAUCAGAAGGACCUGUGGCUGAUACAGGCAUUCUGGGGAAAAAUGAAGUUACAGUAAAGUGGAAUGAGAUUUCAAAGGCUAAAAGAAAUGGAUUUAUCACUAACUAUACAAUAUUUUAUAAACCUGAAGAUGGAAAAGAAUUGAAUGAGACAGUGAACUCUGAUGUUCUGCAAUACAGACUGAAGUCCCUACAGGCUAAUACACAAUAUACUGUUCAGAUCAUGGCAAGCAACAAAGCUGGGGGAACCAUUGGAGAGCCAAAAACCUUCAAGACUUUAAAAAUAGAUAAAGAAGAUAUCUUUUUUAUUGCUAUACCUGUUGAGAUAAGCAUUUUGUGUCUGAUAGGCCUUUGGAUAACGUGCGUUUUGAAAAAACACGCGUUUAAAAAAGUUUGCUGGCCUGAUAUACCAAAUCCUGAAGAAAGUCUUGCAGUGGAAUGGCCUCUUGCUUCAUCUGUGAAUAAUUCAUUUUUGAAGAGAAUGUCAUCUCAGACUAAAACUGUAGACUUUGAAGAAAUAAAUGUUUUGGAAUACUGUUUUCCUGAAGAAAGUCAGGAAGGAUCCCUACUAAUAAACUUUGAAAACCAUGUUUCUGAAUGUACUGAUAUUAAUACCAAAGGCAUAACUAACAGAGAUGAAAAGAUACUGCAUAAUGAAGAGAAUGAAGCUGCUAAGAGUUUUUCCCCAUCUAUGCCUUAUAUAAUUACUGAUCAAUUUACUAGAAGUCAAAUGCAUUCAGCUUUGAUACCAGUGAAGGAAGUCCAGCCCAUAGAAGUGGUGGCAAAUGAUUUGUGUGGAUCUCAGCAGAAUCCAAUUAAAAAUGAAGAAAAUGACCAUGAGGAAGUUUUAAGGCUGGAAGAUUUCAGUGACAAAGCACUGUUCAAUCCGUAUCUUAAAAAUUCAGUUAAAACCAGGGAAUUUCUUGUUUCUGAGAGCUUGCCAGAGCACAGUACAGAUGAAUGCAAAAGCCAGUCAGGUGUCUUACCUCCUUUUCAGCCAAGAGUUCUGGGACAAUCCUACGUAACGGUGGAUAUGUUCAGCCUGGCCAAAGCAGGAGCAUCCAGCAGCACAAGCAGCUCAUCUCUUGCUCCCCACACAACCAGUUUGCAAGGCUCAGCUCUGAUGGGGAAACAUGGACAGACUUGAACAGUCAGAAUCUGCCAAAUCCUUCCUUCAGUUACAUGGAGCAGAACUACCUUCCUGUUCUUAUUUCCGUUGAUUGUUUUUCAUCUGGUUUUAUAGAUCAUGUUCUUCUUGUUUUACAAAUAUUUUCUACAUUUCAGGAGCUGUCUUUUUGUAUCCUGACUCCUGAAUUAAUAGUUUGGCUUAUAGUUUCUUGUCUUUAAUGAGAGUAUAUUUGCUAUGUUACUGCAUUUUGGAAAAUGUGUUGGGCUUGCUAUGUUGCUUCCUUUCCUUUCCCAUGAUUUUAAUAGUCCUCAGCAUUUUGUGCUGUUUUUGUUUCUACUGUUUGUUUCCUAAAAACAAACAGGAGAAACAAAACUUAAAACUGCUUAUUGAAGGAUACCUUUUUUUCUUCUUGCUCUGUCCUUCUAAUUUGUUUCAAUUUAAAACUAUUUCCCAGUUGAGAUUUUGAUAUUUUGAACUGAAAAAAAAAUCAACUAAAUAUGUCAUGUUGUGUUAGAAAAAGCAUUGAGUUAGAAAGUUAUUUUUCAGGGAGCUAAUGAAAAAAACACUAAGUUUGUAAAAUCUUCCCAGAUAUUUUUUGUUAAUUGAUUUAGGAUUAGGUAUUUCUACAUGAAGGAUAUAACUUUUGUCAUUUGUUUUAUGAUUUUGUUAAGUCAUAAAUCUAAUUACAGUUUUCAUUUUACAGAUCAGCAAUUAAGCAGUAAAACACUCGAUCACACUAAUUUUUAACAAGAAAGAGGCCGUAAUUGUAAACCUCUUAGUGAAAUACUCUGCUAAAUAACAGGUUUAAAAAUAUAGAGAGUCAAAUUAAUUGUAUUGGAAGGGGGUGUUCAGUUUGACACAUAUGGGGUAUGUGGCAAUUUUAAGACUGAGCUAUUUUCACAGUAUUUAGAGACUUGAUGUUAUCAGUCCUGUUUACACAAGAUUGUGGUUUGCACAACUACAGAUUUAUUUCAGGGUAAAAAAGAUACAGGAGUUAUGGGGAUAGAAAAACGAGAGACAAAUGUGAAUAGGAUUAGAAAGUGUUUCCUUUCUGUGCAGGAAGAGGAGUGGAAGAAUGGAAGACAUAUUGUAAGCUUGAAUGAGGAGGCUGAGCCUUUCCCUGGAUGCAGUGGCUAUUACUUGCAUUGUUUUGGUGAAAACAGUGUGAAGUUUUGCAUUUAGGAUCUUUUUCUGUAGUUUGGAAGCUGCUUUAACUUAGACCAAUGUUCCUCUAGUUGCCAAGAAAGAAUGGGAAAACAAUUUCUGCAAAUGUUCCUUAGCCAGCAACACUGAUUUCCACCUCUCCUGUUUGUUGGAUCACUUUCUCAACCACAGUGACCCAAGAUGAAAUACAUAUAUGUUUGCUCUUAUAAGCCCUUGCUGACUUAGGUGAGUCAUACUCUGAAAUCAGGACAAAGCUUUGGUUAGGUCAGUGCUUUUUUUUCUGCUUCUUCAGUUGGUUCUAGACUUCUCACUCACAGCGACAUCGUUGUCUCCCUGGGCUCAGAGAUCCCUGAUUCCAUCACAGCAAUUUUUUUCCUUAAAUCUCAGUGUUUGUUUUAAUAGCACAAUAUAUAAAAAUAAACGCAGAGAUAUUUUGGGUCUUUCUAGGAAUUGUUUGGCAGCUGUAUGAAAGCCGCAUAUUCUGAGUUGCAUCUUUGAGACAGGUAAAAAGUGAAAAUAAUGCAACCUUUAAGGGAUCGUUAGAAAGGGGAGGUUUCUUGCUGGGUGGCUUGGCUAGGUUACCCUUGUAACAAUUCUUAGGUUCUGGAGGGUAAGUAUAUGCUUCUUUUUUAUCCCACUGUAUUUCCUUCCCUAUUGAUAUUCUGCUUUUCUGUUCUCCUUUUUCUGCUUCCCUUCUCCAUUAUUUUCUCAGAAAAAGCAAAACGCUAGAAGUGGGCUCAGUACAUUCCAGAAAGUAAGGCUGCGCAUGCCUUGGAAAGAAAGCUUCUUGUACUCAUUUAUUUUGCAUGGAGAGUUGUACUCUUUCUGACCUUUUGCAAUGUGUCUUUCAAACUAACACUGUGAACCAUUAAAAAAUUAAAACUGAGAAAA